AUGCAGUAAGCUGCACCUCAUGCAGAGGCAUCAUUUACCAGGAUCAAUGCACCCUCCUCUCUCCCUAUUACCAUUACCUGCUUUCACAUUUCCCAUCUGUGUAUUAAAACGAACUUCAUUAACUUUCCUUUGCCAAACCUACACUUUCAAAAUCGUUAAGCUAAACAAAACUUGUCAAGCAUUUUUUGGAACAAUGUUGUCGAUUUUCUAAACAAAGUCCACAACAAAGUAAAUAUGUUUUUUAAAUGUAGUUGCCUUCUCAAAACAUAAAUGCAUUAAUCAAAACUAUAUUAUAUACCGUUAAAAUUGCCAAUACAUUCAUCAAAAGAUUAACACAACCAUACUCAUCUCUCGAGUCCAAGCAGACAAAACAGAAAGUUAGUCUGUCUUUUAAAAUCCCAGUUGAUCAAUACAUUUUCUUUACAGUCACUAAAUCAUGAUGAUCAAAGUACAACUAUCCAAAGGGGCAGCAAUAUGGAAAUAAUUACUCUCAUUUUAUGCAUACCAAACAAUUCCAUACACAUCAAAUCAAAUAUUAUUCCUGAUACUUUUUUUUAAGCAUAUUGUGUGCAGGAUUCAUUCAUCGGUAUCAUCACAAUCCAAUUGCAUGUAUUCAAUACAAAGGCUGGUUUGCUCAUAGUUUUGUAGACUCUCCAUUGUCACACAGAAACACAAUCCACAAUAGAAAUAAGGAAAGGUGAAUACAAUGGAGGAACACAACUGAUAUGAAUGUUUAGGCCUCAAUCCACACCAAAGGAAAGCUCUAUAAUGUAAGUUGAUGUUGGAGAUGAUGACUUAGUAGUAACCCAGUUACUUAGAAUUAACCUAACUGAAUUUUCUGCAUGUAUUGUAAAAAAUAUAUAAUAAUUUGACAUUCCCCAUUGCCUAGAUUCCCCCUUUUCCUAUAUUGUACAUGGUAUGACACUGAUGAGAUGAUUUAGAAUUUCGUGCAGUAGCAUUUACUGAUUGCUGGAUCAGUGAACACAAUAUUGCACACAUUUCUCUUAUGAUGAAAACAAUGUAAUGGUAAUAUUCUGUGAACAAAACACUUAACACUGAGUUUUGUAUUCACUGAUGACGUUUGUAUUUAAAGUUUUGUAAAAGGUGGUCUAAGAUAUGCAAGUCAGGUACAAAAGCAAGAAAAUUAUCCGAAGGUCUGUAAAUGUAUUUUGAGCAUUUGAUUAUUGCUGUUCUGCUAUAGAUACAGUAUGUUUCAACAUACAUCCAAAAAUUGCUUGUGCGUGAUUGAGAAAAACUGUAAUAAACUUCGCUAGGUCAGCAAAUAACACACUUCUGGGUCCGAAAUUGGAAUAUACGUACACAGCAGUUUUAUCUGCUGAUAUUCAGAAUUUUUAUGGCAAGCAUUACACAGGUGGACAUUUCAAUUACAUGUGAAGAGAUAGAACAAUGAGACUUAAAGGCUCUGCAUGGCCAAUCUGAUGUCUGCAGUGGCUGUACAGUAUUUACUGCGAUGUGGCCUCCCCAGAAGUCAGAGCAAACAUACUUUUUGCUCUUUGUGGAGCAGAGCUGUUGUGAAGGAAGUAGUCAAGGAAGUUAAUUUGUGUUUAUACAGGACCUCCCGCCCCCACCUACGGUCAAACAAUCAUGUCAAUGCAGAGCUAUACGGAGCCCUCCGCAUUGUUAAAACAUUUGGGAGGAGCACGGCGAUGCGGUAUGGAGCUCGAUUUGGCCUCCGCAAGCCUCGAGAGGCUCCGCAAUUGCGUCACACCCUUCGUAAGGAGCCUCCGGAUCACAUUUUCGGCGCAAGCAUAAAUAGGCUUUUAGUCUGUUUCAAAUGCACCAGCGAAUAUGAAUCAUUUACACACAUCUCCCCUCAUUGUGAAUAAAUAAUGUAGAAUAUGAAUCCGGGGUUGAAAGUGAUUGGAGGUGGGUGAGAGAAGGGUGGACAUUAAUCAGAGCUCUGCCAUUAUUAGUGUGUGUUAGUGUGUGUGUGUGUGUGUGUGUGUGUGUGUGUGUGUGUGUGUGUGUGUGUGUGUGUGUGUGUGUGUGUGUGUGUGUGUGUGUGUGUGACUUGACGUAUAUAAAUCAAUGGUGUGACCUUGGUGUGAAUACCAGGAGAGAAAUAUAUGUGUUGAUUAAAGCCAGUGUGUCAGGUCAUCUUUUAUACGAAGGGUUUCCACAAACUCAUCAUUAGAAAAGCCUCCCUCCUGUGUAGGCCACAAUUUUCAGAGGAUUGAAAAUGGUUGCCGCAGUUUUCCCCAGACCUCAUUGACUGUAGCUUUGAGCAUGAUCUAAUAAUAUCGGUGAACGUUGUUGACUGGAAAUGCAAUUCAAUCAGAUGUCUAGCAUUGUAGGGGACAUAAUUUGUGAGCAUAGAUAGCUCAUAUACUCCAGCUUUACAUAAGGUAAUUGAACAAUAGAACACAACCAGCAGUAUAUAUUCUGUUUAGUUAGCAGAGACACAGUUACUGUACAUAGGAAACCAUGAAGCCUGGAUCCAAGUUCCAACACAUACUGUAGAUAUGACACUUGUGUUCUGCUUCCCCUUGAUAAUCUAUAGUCUAUAUUUAAACCGUGUGACAUUCUCAAUUUACCAGACUGCCAAAAACCUCUGGACAUAACUAACCUUGGAAAGAUCAUCGUCUGCUGGUGUACUAAUAACCAAACCCCAUUGGCACAUGGGAUACAUAGAUUGAGCAGUUGGCAUGAACCCCGCUGUGCCAUUGCUGACAUUCUAUGUAUACUCUAGGGGCCAGGGGCCAUUUUGGAAGAGCCGUGUCUAUUCUUAGUUUGCGUCUAGGUCAGUAUGUCAAUUGAUUCUGCUUCUCCACACUGAAACUGAGUACGAAACGGGUAUUGUUUUACUGUUGUCUAUGGACUUACUUUGAACCCAAUGUUAAACUGGUCAUGUAAGCCGGUGAGUUUUUUAAUUGAAAGCUUAAUGAUUGAGAAACCCUAGGGUGUUUAUCAUGGAGCAAAUGUCAGGUUCAAAGUACUGUUUUUGUCGUUUUUUGUGCAGUGAAUUGUUGUGGUGAGAGCCAGUGGGAUCUUUUAGCUCAAAAAUCUUUGUUGUCUGUUGAUCUUUGUUGUGUGUUAAGCCUACCAGAUCCUUCCUAUUAUGUGUUUUGACGAAUGGGGAGAACAUGGAACUCACAGCACCACUCCUGGUUGCUUUUUACUGUUUUGUUCUUAUAUUAUGUUUGUUGUAAACUCCAAGACUUUGUCGCACUCAGACAGAAAUGGGGACUGUGUUGUAUUUGAAUUACAUGAAAUAACGAUGUUAUUCACAAUAUUAUGCAUACAAAACACUCAUAACCUUUAUGUUACCUCAUGUUCUUACCACAGUACUUACCUAUCCAGUAUUUUUUCAAGCAUAAUCAAUCACGUUGUGUUGGUUUUGGAGGUGCCGCAGUUUUCAAGCAAAAGUUGGCAUUUAUAAAAACGGAACUUAAUGUGAAAAUGUGCUCACCUUCCCUCAAACUUUAGACCAUGCGUACGCACAGUUUCUAAUGUUGUGGUGAGAGCCAGUGGGAUCUUUUAGCUCAAAAAUCUUUGUUGUCUGUGAUCUUUGUUGUGUGUUAAGCCUACCAGAUCCUUCCUAUUAUGGUUUUGACAUAUGGGGAAACAUGGAACUCACAACACCACUCUGGGUGCUUUUACCGGUUUGUUCUUAUAUUAUGUUUGUUGUAAACUCCUAGACUUUGUCGCACUCAGCAGAAAUGGGACUGUGUUGUAUUUGAAUUACAUGAAAUAACGAUGUUAUUCACAAUAUUAUGCAUACAAAACACUCAUAACCUUUAUGUUACCUCAUGUUCUUACCACAGUACUUACCUAUCCAGUAUUUUUUCAAGCAUAAUUAAUCACGUUGUGUUGGUUUUGUUUAGAUUGCUCAUUGACAUUCCUCAUGGGUGUGUGUCUCUGCAGGCAGGCACCAUGCUGACCAGCAUUACAGACGGGAUCCUGUGCUGUCUGACUGGGAAGGCUACCAGCCUGGUGAUGCCCGUCGAGUCCUCCGAGCCAGCUGACGCCUUUGAGUUUGUGGAGGUGAAGCCCGGGAGAGUCCUAAGGGUUCGCCACAUCAUCCCUGAGCGCCAGUCACCGGUGGUGACGGAGGAGGACCAGGUAAAGGAGCCAGAGCAGGUGAAGGGCAGUGGAAACAGCAACAGCAGCAGUGUGCACUGCAAGCGCAAGAUCACUGUCUACCGCAACGGCCAGCUAGUCAUUGAGAACCUGGGUGACGUGCUGCACUCGCAGAUCCUCCAGUGCCAGGAUGGAGACCUAGAGCCCUGCAGCACCGUGGAGGUGGAACUGGCCGACUAUAAGGAAGUGACCACCUCCCCUGAACCCACGCCUCCCCUACCCAUGGUCGGGGAGCAGAAACCUGCGGCACCUCCUCGCCGGCGCCACCGCAAGCCCAAGCGCACAUUGAUGAUUGACUCGGAGAGGGAGAUCUCCAGCUGCAAGGGGACGCACUCGGACGUGGCGCUCUUUUUCGUACAUGGGGUAGGCGGCUCGCUGGACAUCUGGGGCAGCCAGCUGGACUUCUUCUCGCGGCUGGGGUAUGAGGUCAUCGCCCCUGACAUGGCGGGCCACGGGGCCAGCACAGCACCCCACAUCGCGGCGGCCUACACCUUCUACGCCCUGGCCGAGGACAUGCGCGCCAUCUUCAAGAAAUACGCCCGUAAACGCAACAUCCUAAUCGGGCACUCCUAUGGGUCAGUAUGCUUGCUUCUCUGUUAAAACUAAUGGUCAAUUGAUUACCAAGUAUCAUCUUAUGUCUUAGGUCAGUUAACAGAAGGAAUAUCGUGAUAGUAAAUUAAUUACAGUAUUUGAACAUGCCCUGAAACACACCAUAAACUGGCCCUGACGAUGUCUGAAGAAGACGAACCGAUCAGAGAGCAGGGUUAUGAUGAUGUCAUGAUGAAGGGACCAAUCAGAGAGCAGUGUUAUGGUGAUGUCAUGAUGAAGGGAUCAAUCAGAGCAGGGUUAUGAUGAUGUCACAAUGAAGUGACCAAUCAGAGAUUAGGUUAUUUGAUGUCAUGGUGAAGGACCCAUCAGAGAGCAGGGUUAUGACGAUGUGAUGAUGAAUGGACCAAUCAGAAAGCAGGUUCCCAAGACGUUAUUUUCACGUGUUUGAUUAUAUCCCUUUUCAGGGUAUCGUUCUGUACCUUCCUGGCCCAUGAGUAUCCAGACCAGGUUCACAAGGUGGUGAUGAUCAAUGGAGGGGGGCCCACAGCUCUGGAGCCCAGCCUCUGUUCAAUCUUCCAGCUGCCUUCCUGUGUGCUGCACUGCCUCUCCCCCUGUCUGGCCUGGAGCUUUCUCAAGUAAGUAAAUCAUCCCAUCUCUUUGUAGACAAAACUAUUGCAGUGCAGACAAAACAACAACACAUUGCUAGACAAAACAACAUUUUGUAGACAAAAUAACAACACAUCGCUUAACAAAUAGAACAACAACCUAUCGCUGUAGACAAAACAAAAUCAAGAAACUCUUCAUACAGAAAGUAUACUUUACACUAGGGUUCCCGAAUAGUUGGCUGCCCACAAGGGAUUUUAUUUGGCCCUCCAAGAUUUCGGAGCAAAAAAAAAUAAAAAAAAAUAAAAAACAUUGUUGUUGGACAUAAAAGACUGUAAUAACCAGGGGCCUCAUUUAUAAACCGUGCGUACAAAAUAGACUGCAAAACAUUUGUACGCCAGUUUUCAAGCAAAAGUUGGCAUUUAUAAAAAACUUAAUGUGCAAAUGUGCUCACCUUCCCUCAAACUUUAGACCAUGCGUACGCACAGUUUCUAAUGGUUGAAGUAUUGCAUUGCAAGCAGGAAAGUAGAUUAGUAUUUUGUGCAAAUGGGGGAUAUGAUGGACGGCUUAUUCAUAAACAGGUUAAUAACAAGAUGCAAUCAUUUGCUGUUAGUGAGAAGAGAGAAAUGUGAUUUAGUUUAUCUUUGCAUUUUAUAAUAUUAAAAAAAUAGGCCUCUAUUUCCUAGGCUAUUAUUUAUUUCAUUUCCAUGAUCAUUGCAUAAUAAAUUCCUCACCUUUUCUGUAAUGAUUUCAUACUCAUGAGGUAGCAUAGGCCUACAACAAGGAUACCAUUCGUCCCAUCUCUCAUUUAAUUGGACCCACUUCACAGUAGUAGAUACAGUGGCUUGCGAAAGUAUUCACCCCCCUUGGCAUUUUUCCUAUUUUGUUGCCUUACAAUCUGGAAUUAAAAUGUUUUUUGGGGGGGGUUUGUCUCAUUUGAUUUACACAACAUGCCUAUCACUUUGAAGAGGCAAAAUGUUUUUAUAUUGUGAAAACAACAAGAAUUAAGACAAAAAAACAGAAAACUUGAGCGUGCAUAACUAUUCACCCCCCCCCCCCCCCCCCCCCCCCCCCAAAGUCAAUACUUUGUAGAGCCACCUUUUACAGCAAUUACAGCUGCAAGUCUCUUGGGGUAUGUCUCUAUAAGCUUGGCACAUCUAGCCACUGGGAUUUUUGCACAUUCUUCAAGGCAAAACUGCUCCAGCUCUUUCAAGUUGGAUGGGUUCCGCUGUUGUACAGCAAUCUUUAAGUCAUACCACAGAUUCUCAAUUGGAUUGAGGUCUGGGCUUUGACUAGGCCAUUCCAAGACAUUUAAAUGUUUCCCCUUACCCACUCAAGUGUUGCUUUAGCAGUAUGCUUAGGGUCAUUGUCCUGCUGGAAGGUGAACCUCCGUCCCAGUCUCAAAUCUCUGGAAGACUGAAACAGGUUUCCCUCAAUAAUUUCCCUGUAUUUAGCGCCAUCCAUCAUUCCUUCAAUUCUGACCAGUUUCCCAGUCCCUGCUGAUGAAAAACAUCCCCACAGCAUGAUGCUGCCACCACCAUGCUUAACUGUGGGGAUGGUGUUCUCGGGGUGAUGAGAGGUGUUGGGUUUGCGCCAGACAUAGUGUUUUCCUUGAUGGCCAAAAAGCUCAAUUUUUGUCUCAUCUGACCAGAGUACCUUCUUCUAUAUGUCUGGGGAGUCUCCCACAUGCCUUUUGGCAAACACCAAAUGUGUUUGCUUAUUUUUUUCUUUAAGCAAUGGCUUUUUUCUGGCCACUCUUCCGUAAAGCCAAUCUCCGCUGUGGAGCUUUGCAGCUCCUUCAGGGUUAUCUUUGGUCUCUUUGUUGCCUCUCCGAUUAAUGCCCUCCUUGCCUGGUCCGUGAGUUUUGGUGGGCGGCCCUCUCUUGGCAGGUUUGUUGCGGUGACAUAUUCUUUCAAUUUUUUAAUAAUGGAUUUAAUGGUGCUUUGGGAUGUUCAAAGUUUCUGAUAUUUUUUCAUAACCCAACCCUGAUCUGUACUUCUCCACAACUUUGUCCCUGACCUGUUUGGAGAGCUCCUUGGUGCCCCUUGCUUAGUGGUGUUUCAGACUCUGGGAACUUUCAGAACAGGUGUAUAUAUACUGAGAUCAUGUGACACUUAGAUUGCACACAGGUGGACUUUAUUUAACUAAUUAUGUGACUUCUGAAGGUAAUUGGUUGCACCAGAUCUUAUUUAGGGGCUUCAUAGCAAAGGGGGUAAAUACAUAUGCACGCACCACUUUUCCGUUAUUUAUUUUUUAGAAUUUUCUGAAACAAGUUCUUUUUUUCAUUUCACUUCACCAAUUUGGACUAUUUUGUGUAUGUCCAUUACAUGACAUCCAAAUAAAAAUUCAUUUAAAUUACAGGUUGUAAUGCAAAAAAUAGGAAAAACGCCUAGGGGGAUGAAUACUUUUGCAAGGCACUGUAGAUAAGGUACUGGAAGUAUUUUGCUCUAUGCCAUCCAAUUCGGAGCGCAAUUUAUUAACGGUGGAACAGAGGGUUGUAGGUUACUUCUGAGUCUGAGUACUGUCAUUUCAAAUUUCUCGAGUAGACAAUAUUGCAUUUAUACACAUAAUCCAUCUUUUCAUAACCAUUGCAGAAUUUAUUCUUCACCUUUUCUGGCCAUGAUGGGUUCAUAUUCCCAAAGUAGCCAUAGCCUACAACAAAUUACCAUGCGCAUCUCUCAUGUAAUUGGGCUUAUUAGAUACGCUAUUAUUUCAAGUAUUUUGCUCUAUGCAUCAGAAAGGAAGCGUAGUUUAUAACAUACAGUAGAAUUUAACAGUUGAUAUUUUGCAUUGAAGUGUGUAUGGCUACCACUGUAAGUAGACAAUGUUUCAGAAUUCGGGAAGAAAAAGUAAAUGCAAAACAUUAGGCCCUAUUCAAUUCAAACCGUCUGUUUACAGGUCCACAGAAAUGUGCAAUUGUUGUUGUCUUUCAUAAACUUUUUGUCUGUCGGAUAGCCUAGGCCUACAGCAAAUGUCACUGCAAAAGUUCAACAUUAUGCCAUCAUCUACAAAGACAUUUGAUCAAGUUCGCUAUUGCUAUUUCCUUUAGAAAACUGCCUCAGCCUAACUCGAAUACUUCCAAAGUAUACAGCAAAUAAGGGUAUUAUUGUCACCAUAAAUGGUGAAUGAUGGGCGUUUUUCAGGCUGAGUUUUAAUGCUUGUUCACGCGUGCACAGUUUUAGGACCGGUUUGAUUUAUAACGGAAACAUGCGUAUGUAUGGUAUGCGCCAAGUUUAUAAAACUCAAUAUUUUUGUACGUGCGCAGUCUUGAGAGGCAUAUGUGAUCGUAUCCCAAUGUAAUCAAGGUUUGAAAUGAUUCUGUUUUUGUCAAAAGACUAUAUCUGUUUGGGAUUCUUGCGGGAAAUUUUUUGUAGUGCACAAAUUAUUUAUAACUAUGUUCUGGCUCCCUGACCAUCCAAGGAAAAAUCGUCCCACGGCUGAAUGUAAUUGGGGACACCUGUUGUACACUGUCAAUGCUUAACUACUACUGCAUACACAAAGUAAGGGGAAUUUAACACAUUUUGAAUAUCAGAUAAUACUGAUGGCUUCCAAUUGGCUCAUUCAUCCCCCCUCCUCUCCCCUGUAAAUAUUCCCCAGGUCGUUGCUGUAAAUGAGAAUGUGUUCUUAGUCAACUUUCCUUGUAAAAUAAGGGUAAAAAACAAUUAUACAAAAUGGCUAUGAGUCUGACCUCUUUUUCCAACAUGUUCAGGGCUGGGUUUGCCCGUCAGGGAGCCAAAGAGAAGCAGCUGCUGAAGCAGGGCAAUGCCUUCAACGUGAAUCCAUUUGUGUUGCGAGCCAUGAUGAGUGGGCAGUACUGGCCCGAGGGGGACGAGGUGUACCAUGCUGAGCUUACUGUGCCCAUCCUGUUGGUGCACGGCAUGUACGACAAGUUUGUGCCCAUGGAUGAGGACCAACGCAUGGCAGAGGUAAAGAGACAUACAUUUAUGAAUACCAAUCCAUGUGAAUUUAGUUAAGAAGCUCUACUACUCAUGAAUGAAAGAUAAAUUAUAUCAAUUGCAUUUUAUGUUCUAUGAAAGAUACAUUUUAUUUAAUUAUGAUAUGAAUUAUGAACAGUCCCUAUCAUAUCACACGCCUGUCAUCUUCAAUGACUAAUAUUAUAUUGAAAUGGUCAAAAUAAUCUGUACCACUGUUUUAUAUCUUGAUUGUAACUAUUAUCCUUUUCAUUUCAGAUCCUUCUCUUUGCGUUCCUGAAAGUCAUUGAGGAGGGCAGUCAUAUGGUGAUGAUGGAGUGCCCUGACACAGUCAACACCCUCCUGCACGAGUUUUUCCUAUGGGAGCCCGACAUGUCCAAAAAGGACGCCGCUAAGACUGAUGCUGACAAGACUGUUACGGUCAAUGGCGUUGUCGUUCAGACACCAAAACCAAACAAGCCCAUGGAAAAAUAACCAGUAAGGAGUUUCAUUUUACAUGAGCAAACCCAAUCCGAGGGCCUGUCUUUGGCAGGUGGCACGUGGUCUUAGGGCUGCUCGCAGGCUGAGAGCUGUUAUUAACAGGGCCAGAGUUUGUUGUGGAAGUGGAGGGUGAGGCAACUGGUGCGCCAAGCUAGAGUUGGCAUUUGAAUGGGACUGUAGAAAGAAGAAGACAGGAAAUGAUGGAAAGAAGAGAGGCGGAAUCUAUUACAACGACAGAGAUGGGUGUUUCUGUUUUCCCUUUGACAGCUGUCUGUGCUCCAUCAUGUGGUGUUUGUAAUCAGACAGACCUCGGGUCCAGAUAAUGUUUUUAAAACACAAUAUCCAUUCGUAAUGCUCUGAAGUACCAAACUUGGUUGGUGAGUGGGCCAUUGUCAACCAAAGUGAGAAGGGCAUGACUAUUAAAUGGUGUGUGGAUUGCCUUACUAUCUAUCUUCCAUCAUCUUGUGAAUAAUAGAUCACUGCUGAUUGGUGUCCUCCUGUCAUCAGUUGAAAGUUAAAUAAGGAUCUUAUAAGACUGGGUCCAUAUGAUGGAUUCUCUUCAAGGGAAUCAUUAACUAAAUAGGAUAACUGAGAAACUAUCCAGAUAAUGCUAGCCAAUGGGUGACUGUGGUGUGUUAUGGGAGUAAGAUCGUUUAUGAUACAUGGCGAUCCAGUUUGCAUGAGGUCAUCCUCAUAAUGAUCAUCCCCAAUUAAGCAGGUUAUAGACUAAAGUGUUGACUGGAUGGAAGUAGUGGUGAAUGGAUUGGUAAUUGUUAUGGCAAAUAAACAUGCAAUAAGUAAUCACAUAAAGUAUGUUACAGGCAUAAUAAAGACAUACACCUAAACAAAUUGAUCAUACAAUUUCAAUAACCUCAUAAAAUAUCAUCACGCCAAAGUAAAGCUGUUAAAACAUAUCCUUGAGCAAGCUAAGUAUCUGUCAGUUACAGUCAGUAUCUGUCAACUUUGUGCAUUAACUCACGCUUGAAGUUUAGGGCAUUGGUUCGCUUUUUAAACAUAAUGAUUCAUCUAUGCACAACAUGGAGUGGAGUAUUUUGCCUUAAGAACCAUUUGCGGUGUUGUCCAAUAUUAUGCAUUUAGAAACCUAUGAUUACUGUAUGUGUCUACACUUGCAUAUGCAUUUGAAGUUGUUGCAUGAAUAGGCUUUUAAGAUAUUCGAGAAUUUUCUUGACUACAUACUACAAAUCCAAAAACCUCCCGUGUCCUCUGAGAGUAUAAUCUAAGGGGCAUUAUGGACAGAGAAGAAGUUGGACCAAAGCUUUAGUGAUAGGCAGUAAUCGAAAUUAUGUAAAAGUAUUCCAUAACUAUUAUUUAUCCAUACUGAUGCCAGUUAUUAAACUUCCAAUCUUGCAAGUUCAACCCAUUUUGCCUCAGAAUUUGAUGUAACACCAUUUAGAAUGAUGUUGUUCUUCCGUCUACAAGAUAGUGUAGCAAAGCAUUUUCCUCCACUGCCCUCCAGUCAAUCUGUAUGUGCUUACUGCUUGCAAUGUCAAAGGUCAUCCGUGAUAAUAAGCUAAACAUAACGUUAUCAGGUGCUCAUUUGUGAAUGUUUUCGUGUCUCAUAAUGAGAGUGUGUGAUUAAUCUGUGAUUAAGAAGUAUGAAGCACAGUAAUGCAUUUUAUGGUUCGGUCUCUCCGACUGCUACACACUGUUUAUUGCAUAUGCAUUAUUCUGAGAAAAGAUGCAAGAAGAUUAUGCAAUUUCAACAGAGAAAAGGUGAGUUAUGAACUGUAGACUAAGAUAAUGUACUAUUAAGUAAUGGAAACAAAUAGGUUGAGGAACAAAUUAGUUUAACGUGGACUGUCCAAUACCAUGAAGUGCUUCUGAUGCAAUGUCUGCUUAUGCACUGUAUAGAUUAAUCCGACAGCUAUAUGGACUGCAAGGUGCACGCACAUUUGCUUCCUCCGCUAAAUGUAUAAAAAUCGGUCAGUGUUCCUAUCCAGUGUGCUAUAAUUUGUGGUUCAAAAUGUGUAAAUGUCAUUGAUGCAUUUAUUCAUGGCCAUCAGAACUCAUGCACUGCCUGAAUGUAGGUGCAUAUAAAAUU